AUGGUUUGCAUGGAGUACUGCGUGUUGAAGCGCGCGGACCGGUCCGUGAAGGCCAGAGACUUCACAAAGUUGUGGCCGGGUCAGUAUGCUCGAGUCUUGGCGCACGAAGACAUCUUCCUGAGCAUGUUUGCGCAGGGGGGUGGGUCAGCGUGCAAGUUUCAAUAUGAGGAGAGGACAGAAUGGAAAGGCAGACCAAUGCUGGUGUAUGCUCAUUGCCAGGAGAGAUUCCCACGCAUUGGUGUUUUGAUCCACGAGUCACGUCCAAAGUUGGUGGUGAACCAAGAGAUUGUGACUCGAGAUGAUGGCUUGGCGCGCGCGGUUUCAUGGCACUACAGCGCCUCAGGGACACGCAUCACCACCAAGUUCUUCUACAGCAACGAAAAAAUCACUCAGCGCCGAGCUUUGCACCACUUGCUGGACCACUUGGUUCAGUUCAAUGUUUGCACCCCCGUCACAGAUGUGACGUUGAGCGCAGAUUUCCAGCCCAACGCUUUGAUCUUCAAACCCGACACAACGCAUGACGCGAAGAUCUUAGAAGAGGAAAGAUCAGUCCGGCCCUGCAGUGACAUUCAGAUGAUGAGCGAUGGAGAUUCCGACGAAGGCGGCUCGGAUUUGCAAAUCGUCAAAGCCUUUAGGGUUUAG